AUGUCCAUGGAAUCGGCGGGAAAAGCAAGUUGCUAUUCAAAAAUCGUGUCCAAGUUUCAAACUCCAACAUUUGGAGACUUCUGGCUCUCAGGGACAGACAAGGGUUGUCCUUCCACCUUUCGAUGGUGCUCGUUAAGCAAGAAUUUCAUUGAACCUGAGCUCAAAUGGAAGGAUGGACACCCGAAAGACGGUUUGGACUGCGUUUACCUCGAAGUCAGAAACGGAUCCGUGCUGCUCGCCUCCGCCGACUGCGCCGAGAAAAAAGAUUUUCUCUGCGAAGUGAGAAAGGAGGCGACCUUCCAAAGGGCCAUGCAGACCGAAUGCGCGGAAAUUUGGGAUAUUUCGAUUGAGGAAAUCGAUAUGCUGUUGAAUGUGAGCGAGUUUCUCUCUCCAACUGCGAAAAUCUCGCUUAAUUUGAAGUGCUUCUUGAAAUGUGUCGGAGUUGAAGUUGGAAUGUUUGAUCUGGGUGCUUUGAACGCGAUUGCAACGUUGCAGCAAAUAGAAAUCUUCACUCAGGAAGAACCGGUGAAAAUGGAAAAAGCAUUCGUCGCCUACGACACCUGCAGCGGAAAACAGUUUGACGACGAGUGCGUGACCGCUUACGAAACUUUCAAAUGCGGCCAGGAGCAAGCGCCUGAAAUUGUCUCAAAAAUCGUUAAAAAUAAUUUCGACAACGGAACAGUUAUCCGUCCGGAAUUGUGGCGAGCGUGA